CUCGCGCUCGUGCUCCUCUGAGUUUGUCAGUUUCCUAAAUAUAGUGGACGGGGAUUUUGUCCCUGCGUGUUUUCGCCGGAACGCGUCGUUAGAAAGAUGUACAGCGUCUACAGAAGAGCACAGCGGGAAUCUGAGAGCUAAAAGAGGACUUGCUGUCUGUACAAUUGUCUCCCCUGUGCUGCCAGAGCACAUACCAAACACUUUCAGCAAGCCAUGCCAAACUGAUACCGGAGUAACAGAGUUGACAGUGGAACUAUGUGUUAAGGAUUGCCUCGUCACCCGGAGCCCACUGAUAUUCGUCUUCGGCUGUUGGAGGAAGUUGUUUUUUGGCAAUGGGGAGGAAAAAGAUCCAGAUCACCCGGAUUGUGGAUGAGAGGAACCGACAGGUGACUUUCAUGAAGAGGAAGUUCGGUCUGAUGAAGAAGGCCUACGAGCUGAGCGUCCUGUGUGACUGUGAAAUCGCCCUCAUCAUCUUCAACAGCUCCAACAAGCUGUUCCAGUAUGCCAGCACCGACAUGGACAAAGUCCUGCUGAAGUACACCGAGUACAACGAACCCCACGAGAGCAGAACCAACUGUGACAUAGUCGAGGCCCUGAACAAGAAGGAGCACAGAGGCUGUGACAGCCCUGAUGCUGACGCCUCCUACGUCCUCGCCCCCCACACUGAGGAGAAGUACAAGAAGAUCAAUGAAGAGUUCGACAACAUGAUGAAGAGUCAUAAAAUUUCCACGGGCCCUCCACAGCAGAACUUCAUGCAAAGCAUGACGUACAGCCCCGGUGCAGGAGGAGGAGGAGGAGGAGGAGGAGGAGGAGAAGCGACCUCCCAAGCUCUUGCUGCAGCCACGGCAGCUCUGGCCGACAGUGGGAUCCUCUCCUCGCCUCACACACACCUCCACAGAAUCAUGAACCCUCCGCAAAGACCUCCCAGCACCGGGAACACAGGUGGCCUGCAGAGCAGUUCUGAUAUGUCUCUGCAAAACGGGUCUGGACCAGUCGUGAACGGUUUUGUGGGCUCGCCCGGUGGAGGCAAAUCUCCAUCUCCAUCUCCUCUUCCACCACUUGGGAACAAUAUGGUCACGGCCAGCCGCAAGAUAGACCUCCGAGUGGUCAUCCCUCAGUCCAAAGGAUUGAUGCAAACGCUGAAUAACCAGAGGCAGAGUCAGUCCAGUCAGCCUCUGUCCACCCCGGUGGUCUCCAUCAACACACCCAGUCUGCCUCACCAGAGUCUGGUCUACUGCGGAAUCAGCUCUGCCUACGACAACGAUUACUCCCUGAGCAGUGCGGAGCUGUCAGGCUUCAGCUGCCCUGCAGGCCCCUCUUUGGGCUCCAUGGCGGCCUGGCAACAACACCAGCUGGGCUCACUGGGGUCUGAAAGCCCCCAUCUCUCCAUCAACACCAACCACCACAUCAGCAUCAAAGCCGAGCCCAUCUCCCCACCCCGCGACCACCUCAGCCAAUCGGGCUACAUGACCCAGGCCCGUGCCCCUCGUCCGCACCCACACUCGUCCGCCAGAGCCGAGAUGGGGAGGUCUCCUGCAGACAGCAUCGGCUCCUCCUGCAGCUCCCACGAGGGAGGCAGCGACCGGGAGGAGCAGCAGCAGCACCAGCAGCACCAGCGGCUGGACUUCCACACGCUCCCUGUGAGUCGGUCAGAGGGGGGAGAGAGUCCCACGGUCAAACGAAUGAGGAUGGACAACUGGGUGACAUAGACCCCUGCAGUCACAUGGCGAUGCAGCACCGGGGCGAAACAUAAGGAGGGACACUGUUAUGCAAAAAGAAAUUAUUGACGUUUUCUGUUUUUUUUUUGUUAAUUAGUGUGAAAAAUCUGGAUUCGUCAGAAUCAUUUCAUCAUCUUUCAGAUAAUCGUACUCAAAAAACAACGUGCCGUCCUUUUCAAAUAUAAAUCAUUCAUGCCUCACAGACUUUCAAUGUGGGUCCAAUUGCAGUACAAUCUGUCAUUUUAUUAUCAUCAUCCAGUGGGAGUAUAGUGUUGUCUUAGUCUCACGGCUUCAGGAUUAUGAUGGCAAAGGAGUGACGUGCUUCUGGAUGUCUCCCACUGGGUGUCACCCAGUUCAUUUCUGAUCUUCUCAGGGUUUAAAACAUUGACUGAGUCUAACGUGAAAGCAAUACUCCCUACCCGUCAUCCCAGCGUCUCCUCUUUAUGAAAACACGUAUUUAUAUCAGCCAAAGCAGUAUGCUGUUUGUAUGUUGUUUGUGUGUGUGUUUUAUAUUGUGCACAGAGUAAGACAAUGUUUCAUUCAGAAUUCAAAAAGUCAAAGCCAUGGACACUUGUUCUGUAUGUGCUACCCA